UGAGAAACGAGAAGCAGCCCUUUCGCAAGUUAGGAGCAGCCUAUUUUUCACUCAAAGUGACUCAUUUAGAGGGGGUUACUUUACGGGGAAGCGGAUACCUACCAGUGGCCAGAGGAAGUCAGCAUUUACUCUUUCGGGAUUAACAGUUACCAGGUGGGCUGUCUUUCCCAAAGUGCGCUUUUCUAUGGCUUAUAGCGGACUAGUGGAACCCCUCUGCAUGGGAAGAGGCACAAGUUCUGCAUGGGAGGAAUAAAUGACAUUUUUAAGACCAGUUUCGGACUAUCCAAAGCCGGGGGUCUGCAGUUUGCUGUUAAAAAAGCGAGCGAUCAUCUGCAGAUUCGAGGUUUCCUUCUUCCAAUGGUUAUAAUUGACACAGAGUUUUACUUCUACUGAAGCUGGGGGGAAAGAAAAGACUCGCACAUAUAUCUCUGGUGCUGUUUAAAGGUGGCCGUGUUUAUAUAGCGGCGCACAUGAACUAAUACAAAUAGCAGAAUUUCUCCCUUUAAGAAGUGGGUGUUGCUUGUUCAUAUGCGCAGCUUACUCUAAACCAGAAAACGAGAUACUUCACUGACUUUUGGGAUUAACUUUUUAACCUUUGAAGAUAAUCGAGGCAGUUCAGCACUGCGCUCCUGCAGCGCCUCUUUUUUUGCCCGAUGUCCCGCUUCAUGCGUGACACCGUGAUGCUCCACCGGAGUAAAUAUUUUUAAUGGUAUGCGUGGUGUCCCCUGUCAUCGGGGCGGCCGGGGAAGCGGGGAUGGUCCUCCUACGCCUCUGGGCGCUGCGGCGCCGGUACUGCCCGCGUCCCGUGCUGCUCUCAGGUGUGCUGAUAUGCCUCGUCUACCAAACGCUGGUUGUCGCCCGGAGCCGCUUCAGGACCUGCCGGCCGGACUGUGGCGACAAGCCGACUGUGGCGGCGGACGUGCGCCUCGACCAGCCGCUUCGGAAACAGCCGGAGCCUCUAGAAUCUGCUCCAAACCAGGCAGACGAGGAUGUGGCCCAGCAGAACCAGCCCGAAUGGGCCAGCAGGGUGGUGCUGCUGAUGGGUCAGCAUCGAGCCUCCGACACCGAGGUCCAGCUCUACCAACGAGUCCUGCAGCGGCUCGGGUACAUGGUCAGCAUGGCCCACUAUGCAGAGACCAGUGCCACACUCCGCCAGGACGAUGGCCGGCCAGGUAGCGAUUCCUGGACCAUCCUGAUUUGUCUUCGAGGAUCCGAGAAGAGCUGCUUGAAAAAGAUGAAUUCUUAUCGUCUUCAGGCUCAUCAGCGGGUGAACAUGAUCCCCACCCUCACUCAGGCUUUCUCGAGCGUGGGCGGCAUCUGCCGCUUCCAGGCCCACAAUCUGCUGUCAGGGCUGUCGAUUCCCAUAAUUCCCUCUGCCUGUGGACCCUUGAACGCCCCCCUGGGAGACACUGACCCUGCAGCUACAGAGGGCUGGCCCCCGUCAGGCCCCACCCCUCCGGCGAGUCAGGCGCUCUUCACCACAGUGUCAGUCUAUGUGCUCGUCACCUCGGCCUCCCCCCUGGCAGCCUUCCUGCACACCACCGGCCUGGUCAGGCCCAGCCUCUCGGCCUACAGCCAGGCAGCCCAGCUCCACACGUUCUUCCUGGAACAGCUGGGCUCUGACUCGUACCUCCAGCCUCUGGACAGCAUGAAGGAGGCCAUAGCUGCAGUGCUGCUGUCUGCGGCCAUGAGCAGUGAGGACCAACGUCCAGCCCAGGCCAGGUGUGAGCUCUGCUAUCAGCUGCUGACCUUUACACUGCAAUACGGUGGUUCCGUUCGGCCCGAAAUCGUCAAGGUGCAAGCAGAGCUGCACUUUGACGAUCUGAAGGACCCUGGUUUUGAUGGUCAGAUACUCAAGGAGUUCAUCCUCGAGGACACACUCAACUUCCUGCUGCCGACACGUAACAGGAGCCUGACAUCUUUCCCAGAGUGCAUAGCGGCCAUAAUCAGAGAAAAGUAUGGUGGCUGUGAAGGGACAUACAGCAAUUGUCUGCCUUACAAGGAGAAGCUUGUUCUCCUCCAGUUUGUCAGCCAGCUCCAGUCGCCAGGACCCUUCGACGUGCUCUACCCUGCAGCCUCUCCAGCACUCGCCAGUCUCCAAGCCCACCUUGACCAAAGGUUCUACGGUGAGGAGCGGCCCCAGAAGCGGAGUCACCUGGUGGCGCUGUUGAGUCAGAUUCGCUCCCUCCUGUAUACCUCAGAGAUCCUGAUGCAGUCCAAGAGGAGCGGUGUCCCUGAGGGACCAAUGGAUUUGACCAAUCCUUCCCAGAAUUCCCAGCCCCAGAAAGAUUAUCUGCACCGUCCUGACUGCAGACAUGAUGCCGGGAAGUGCAUGGACCCCCGUCUGAGGCAACUGUACACGGACCCCCCCCUCGUGCUGACACCCCCUUUCAGCCCGGAAGUCAAGGAGUACUGGGCCGAGGUCCCGUUCGAUGUGGUGACACUAAAGAUCCGUGCGGAGCCCGAGAGCUGCCGCUGCCGGGUGCGCCUGGACGAGCGCAGGGGGCCCAGCAAGGCCAGCUACCCCGUCGGCCUGGGCAGCAGCAGAGUGAGCAUCCUGGUGGUGGACGAGUCGGAGUCGGAGCCUGUCGUCAUGACGAUCUACACACUGCACGUGUUCCGAGAGAGUCGGCCCAGUCUGCCCGUGUUCGACGAGUAUGUCACAUGUGGUUUUCGGCAGGACUGCGGCCUGGUGGUCCAGCCCGAUCUGCCCUGUGGCCUGGAACCCCUGUCCCGUGCUGCCGCCCCCACAAGGCCUUGCCUGUCCGGAGAUGCUCCAGGUCGCUGGGUUGUUCCGUGUCUCAGUUGCGCUGACAACAGAACCUGUGACUGGAGGGUGGUAUCCUGGCAACCGGAUGAUUGCUUCUACCCCGUGCUGGACGGGCGCCAGCUUCGGGACUGCAUGCUGGGCAGGAAGGUCCUGUUCAUCGGAGACUCCACUAACCGUGGGAUGAUGUACUACUUCAUGGAGCGAGUCAACGGUACCCUGGAGGCCUGGGACAAGGCCCACGACACCAUCAUGUACCAUAAUGUCAACGACGGCGGUACCCUCAUCAGUUACUCCUAUUACCCGCAGUUCUGGCUGGACAGAAGCCAGAGGCCCACUUUCGAGAGAGCUCUCCAGCAGCUCAUCGAGAGGUCCCAUCCACUGGAGAACUCGCCUCAGACAGUGCUGGUUGUUGGAGGAGUACAGUGGCUCACCCCCAAUCAUCUGAAGAUCCUGCAGCAGGUCCUCAAACGGGAAAACCUCCACAAAAUUCUGGUGAUGGUGAAGACCAUUGGAAUGGGCUUCCAUCUCCCAGUGGAUGGAAUUCAUUCCUUGUCUCUGAGAGGAGUGCAGGAGCUUCAUAACCUGAACCAGAACAUUCUCACGACCGCAAAGCUUUAUGGGUAUGAGGUCAUCGACACCCUCAGCGUAACUAUGGGUCGAUACAAGGAGUUCCUUCAGGGAAAAUGCGCGUGCCACUUUCACGAGGUUGGAAAGCUUGCAUUUCCCAAAGGGCCUCAGCACAGGGACGCAACGCUGUACCGACAAGCAGCUGAGACGUGGCUCGGACCCAGCGGGACGCUGGAUCUUCAGGAGCCGGGCUCCAGGGCAGAUUCGUCCUAUCACGUCAAAGGUCCCGUGAACCAGGUCUACUCAGAGGUCCUUCUCAGCAGGAUGUGUGGCAUAAAGUCAAGGAACAUAGCUGCUGGGCCUCGCUGAAGUGAAGACUACCGCAGUGUGUGUGUGUCUGUGUGCGUGUGUCACUUCAGUCAUGAAAGCAGUUCCUGGAAGGUCACUACACUUUGUUCCCCUCUGAUUGGCUCAGAGUCGACCCAUGUCACGUGACUUCUGGCUCUGUGCAGGGACCACAGAUUGGUGGGAUGAGGAGAGACUAUGUGGACUUGAAGUCUUCCCAAUACUGAGAGAGAGAGAGAGAGAGAGAGAGAGGGAAACUGCAUUGAUUUAUUCUGGUGCAAACCGCUCUGAACAAAAAACCACAGCAAACACUGCUGAUGCUUCCAUAGGCUGUCAGGAGAAACACAAUGUUUUCAUAAUGCUGCUGGGAUGUUUAUGCGCAAUGGACUGAAAGAGCAGGCGAGUGGCGGAUGACAUUGUGGGGACGUCCGCAGGGCACGUGGGUACGAGUGCCUUUCUACAGAUGGCCCAGCUUCCUCUGUACUGUAUACCUCACUACUUUAAAAUGUUUAAUCAUGUGAAAUGCCAAAGAUCUUUUGUAUAGUUAAGCAAAUGUAUUAUUUCCUAUAUUCCUAUAAACAUAUAUAUAUAUAUCUGCACAUAUAUAUUUUUACAAACUUUGAGUGAAACUGAUGAAAGAACAGUAUUUGUCGACUGAUAAUGUAUUAUUAUGUAUGUAUACUUUUCUGUAUUUUUCUAGCAAAUAUUCGAUUGGUAAUUGAAGUGUUUUCACCUCUAUCUUUUGUACAGUGAGAUUUGGGUUUGAAAUGAGAACCGAACUGGUUUGUGGGAAUGAAAAGUUAUUUUUUAAAAUUGAAUACAUUAUUUCUAUCAAUAAUAAAAUAUGUAACCUUGCACAAACUGCAAACUAGGCAGGAUUCAUAUUUAUCGAUUUCAGGCUGCUUUGUAUGUUGCUUUGCAUAAACAGUAAGAUGCUGAUGAAGGAAUAAACGUGUAUUGCACUGUAAUAAUUGUAUAAAUAUUGUGGUUUUUUGCAGGUAAACGUUUUAUUAAAACAUUUUCCAAUGUA